CUUAAACGACCAAUAAGACAAAGUUUUCUCCCUUAAUUAUAAGGACGAAGUUUGCAUAUGAAAACUAGUGAGAUUUUAACAGACCUAUAAACUGAAAUUAGGACUUAGCUCACAAGAUGAGCCGAUGUGCUAGCUAUGAAGAUGCGCAUGAUCCGAAGUAUGGAGAACCAUUUCCGGUUCCUAUUGUCAUGGCAACGGCAGACGCAUUGAAAGGGUAUGGUACUAUUGUCACAGACUUUGAAAAUGAAGACGUUGAAAUAACUCCAUGGCCGGUUAAAGGCUGGCGUACACUGUGUCCCGGCACGGGUACACUCGGUGGUCUAAUUAAUGAUGAAUUGACGUACAAAUGGGUCGGAGAUCAGUCAAUGGUAACUGACGAUACAGAAGACGGAGAUUUUAUAACUGGUAGACUGCCAAAAAAUAUUCCACCUUCAGAUCGGACACACGUGCUCGUCAGAGAGGCAAACUAUCACCCAGAUGGAGGUCAAGUUUUCUUCCCGAAGGAUAAAGAUCCUUUUGUUGCGCUGCUUGCCCUGCCUGGGGAUGAUAUAAAAAUGGAAGACUUUGUCGCGUUUUAUUUCGAUGGAAGUUUCGGUGUCCAAAUUCAUGCAGAUAUCUGGCACCAGCCGAUUUAUCCAAUCAAAGACGAGUCUGUGUUUCUGGGAAAACAAGGGGCGGUACACGCAUGCGUAGCAGUGGACACGGUCGAUGAAUUCGGAAAGUAUUUACUUAUGCCUUUAAAACCACCAACAUAAAUAAAGUCAGCUGGGUCUGGCUAAUGUUACUGAAGAAUUGUCAAGUAAAACGAAUAAUGUGAACAGAACACCCAUCUGAAACAUUAGUUGAGCUUUGUGUACAAUGGUAUACCAGUAUGUCAAUACAACCGUGUGAUAUUUUGUUUUGAAGUAUAACCGCUUGUUCUUGUUUGUAUUAAAUUUGGGGAUAUUUCAAAACGUCAUUGUUUCUCAAAUCCCCAUUUGUCAGACAUUUCUUACUUUAAUACCGGUGUAAUUUGAGUGUUCAGAUGUUCUUGUUGGGUUAUAAAAUUAAGUCAUACUGACACAGUUUAGGUUAUAUUGCAAGUUGCCAGCUUUUAAUGGUGGAGGAAAACCCUUGGUUUCCAUCUUAGCAUUAUUUUCGGCACGAGCUGACACCUGGGUAGAUCCACAUCCGCAAUGGCUUCCUUAAAUGGAAUAAUUUUACAUCACAAUUCGUAUAUGGUGGUAUUUUAAAGAAAACUUUUAGGACAUGCGACGCACAAGUUUCAGCAAGUUUCGAAUUGAUGGACUUUGUUCAACAUGAACUUUUACCACCACAUUACACAAAUAUUCAUACAUUUAGUCAUAUUAUAUAUAGCCUCCACCACACCUCAGCGUGUGACUGUUAAAACAGUGACCUCUGGCGUAGUUUCGUUGUGGAUAUUUUGCAAGAAUCUUCCAGUUUCUAAUUGUCGCUAAAAUUUGUUAUCAGUCUUUUUAUUUACACAAUAUGACGUUAUAAAAGGUCAAUGUCAAAUUAGCCACUAUUAUACAUAUAUUGAAAUGUUUACCGGUGAAUAGUAAAAAAUAUUACAUGAUACUAUAUAAAUCGCCAAUGAUAGUAUUUGGAUGGAUAAAAGGGAAAUUUGUUGGGCAACAAUAUUCUUUGAAAAUAAAUAAUGUCUUCUUCUUCUUCCGGAUAAAGAUAAAGACAAGAUGUGUCUGCUUAUCAAGAUAUGUAUGGGUAAAUGCAGCUUCUUACGGGAUAGUCCUGAUUUGUGUGAACAUUUUAUU